AUGUCUCAAUCAUUGCGCCCUUAUCUUCAAUGUGUCCGGUCCUCCCUUACCGCCGCACUCACAGUGUCGAACUUCGCCUCCCAGACCUCCGAACGUCAUAACGUACCUGAGAUCGAGGCCCAGACCUCCCCGGAACUCAUCCUUAAUCCCCUCACAGUUUCGCGGAACGAGAACGAGAAGGUCUUCAUCGAACCAAGUGUGAACAGUGUCCGCGUCAGCGUUCGGAUUAAGCAAGCAGACGAGAUCGAACAUAUCCUGGUCCACAAGUUUACUCGGUUCUUGACGCAGCGCGCCGAAUCAUUCUUCAUCCUGCGAAGAAAGCCAGUGAAGGACUACGACAUCUCGUUCUUGAUCACGAACUUCCAUACAGAACAACUCCUGAAGCACCAACUAGUGGAGUUCAUAAUCCAGUUCUUGGAAGAAGUGGACAAGGAGAUUUCGGAGAUGAAGCUAUUCUUGAAUGCUCGUGCUCGAUUCGUUGCUGAGUCGUUCUUGACACCGUUUGAUUAA